AUGUCAGCCAUCAUCCUUACAGACCAGUAUAGGGACUUCUUCAACAAUCCUAGUGGCGUCAGACAAGGAGCUAUUGGGUCUUCGCUAGCUGCGGGAUCAGUUUUUGGCUCUGCUAUUGCUGGAUAUCUUUCUGAUCGGCUUGGACGUCGUAAUUCCAUCUUCUACUCGUGCUUCUUCUGGAUUGCUGGCACGGUGCUCCAGACUGCUACCAAUGGGUUUGGCAUGCUCGUUGCUGGUAGGAUCCUCAAUGGCAUCACUGUCGGCAUCACCAGCAGUCAGGUCCCCGUGUAUCUGGCCGAAAUUGCUCGCAAAGAGAAGCGUGGCUCGCUCAUCAUCAUCCAGCAACUGGCAAUCGAGGUUGGAAUCCUGGUGAUGUACUUUUUGGGUUACGGCUGCACGUUCAUUCCUGGACCAGCUUCCUUCCGUACUGCUUGGAGUAUGCAGUUUAUUCCGUGCUUCUUCCUUAUGAUUGGGCUACCUUUCCUGCCCGAAUCGCCGAGAUGGCUUGCAAAGGUAGAUCGAUCGGAAGAGGCUGUCCAAACAUUGGCAGAUAUCCAGGCUGGAGGUAACGUAGAUGACCCCAUUGUGGUUGCUGAGUGGCAAGAAAUCACGACUACGCUAGCUGCCGAACGCUCUGCUCUUCCUGGCUGGCGCAAAUUCGUAUAUAACGGCAUGUGGAAACGUACGAUCGCAGGCUUUAGUGUUCAGAUGUGGCAGCAGAAUUCAGGAGCGAAUGUCAUGACUUAUUAUGUUGUGUACAUUUUUGGCAUGGCCGGUCUGUCCAAGAAUGUCAACCUGAUCUCUAGUGGAGUGCAAUACGCACUAUUCAUCAUAGGUACUACCAUCAUGUUCUUCUAUGUGGACAAAGUUGGCAGAAGACCCCUGCUGAUCUACGGCGCUAUCGCCAUGGGUGUCUGUCAUUUCAUCGUUGGGGGUGUGCUCAGCACUGGCGCCUAUGUGCCUGAUGGCGUUGAUGGUAACCCGAACAUAAAGAUUCUGGUAGGAGGGUCGGCUGGACAUACGGUCAUCGCCUUUUGCUACCUACUGAUAUUGUUCUAUUCCAUGACUCUCGCACCGGUCUGUUGGAUCUACGCAGCCGAGGUGUGGUCGUUGGAGACUAGAGCGACUGGCAUGGGUAUCGCUGCCAUUGGAAACUGGCUCUUCAACUUCGCCUUGGGCAUGUACAUCCCUUCUGGCUUUCAAAACAUUACUUGGAGAAUGUUCAUCAUCUUUGGUGUCAUGUGCUUCCUGGGCGCGGUACAGUUCUUCCUGACCUUUCCAGAAACAUCUGGUAAGACGCUUGAGGAGGUUGAGCUUCUGUUUUCGGGCAACGUCAAGGCAUGGCACACCAAGCCUGGCCAUUCAAAGUUGGAUGAGAUGAUCGACGAAGCCAGAGACAAUCGCUUCACAAUGUCUGAGAAGCACAAGUUUGGACAUGACGAACACGUCGAGGUUGCAAGUUACGCGAAAGUCUGA